GUGGGCCUAUUGCGGCAGUGCGACGAACGAACACAUGCCGAGGUUGAACUGAUGGCUGCUGUUAAAAUAGAGAUGGCAACAGUUUGCCUGCCCAAUUAUACAGAACGAUUUCAAACUGAAGAAACACUCGACAGUGAGAAUGAGAAUAUUUAUGCUGGCAGCAGCAGCAGCAGCAACAGCAAAGGCACAACCACCCACAACACAUGCCAUGAGCCGUCGCCGGUGACCACCACCACCAAGGCCAGCGUGAGCAGCGCGUUCUUCUUCAGCAGCAGCACCAACUACCAGAGCUGGAUGCAAAAGCUGAUCUUCUUCAGCUUCACCUCCACGCUGCACCUGCUCUUCAUCCCCUACAUUUUGAGCAUCAGCAAGUUCUGCAGUGCCGCCGCCGUGAAUGCCAGUCCCAGCGAGAUAAUGCAAAAUCUAAGUGGUUCGGCGCUCCUGGAGAAGAUUAAGGCUAGCACUUUGGGGCCACCACUGGAUCGACUUAAGCACUGGGCCCCAGCGGCAGCCAACAGUCUGAGUCCCGGCAUUGGAAUGACCAAUUUUGGCAGCUCUUUCAAUUCGGUGUUCAAUGGCAAUGCAUUCAAGUAUCUGAAUGUUUCCGGAAAGAUUGGCACCCCAUUGGAUAUAUCUCAAAGCAUACCCAACUAUUGCGAGGAGAAGCAAUUCCAAUGCGCCAGUGGAGACUGUAUACCCAUCAGAUUUGUAUGCGAUGGCAGCUCUGACUGUCCGGACCACAGCGAUGAGCGACUUGAGCAGUGCAAGUUCAUAGAAUCGACUUGCAGCGCAGACCAAUUCCGCUGUGGCAAUGGCAAUUGCAUUCCACAGAAAUGGGUCUGCGAUAAUGAGGCUGACUGUACCGAUGGUUCCGACGAGGUCACCACACUUUGCACGAGAAAAACCUGCUCACCGGAGCAGUUCCAGUGCAAGUCCGGCGAGGGUGUGUGCAUACCACUCUCCUGGAUGUGCGAUCAGAACAAGGAUUGCGACGAUGGCAGCGAUGAGGCCCAGUGCAAUGCCACAUGCCGCUCGGAUGAGUUCACCUGCACCAGUGGCGACUGCAUCCAGAGCCGCUGGAGAUGCGACGGCGAUCACGACUGUAUGGACGGUUCCGAUGAGCUGAACUGUCCCCCCAGGGGAAAGUGCCCCCAGGGGGCAUUCACCUGCGACAGCGGUGAUUGCAUCAACAACCGAUGGGUCUGCGACGGCGACUAUGACUGCACGGAUCACAGCGAUGAGAAGCAAAACUGCAGCACAGUUCCAAGACUCUCGAUGAGUUUCUGCGAGCCAUACGAGUUCUCGUGCAAUGAUCGCAUCACCUGCCUGCACAGUACUUGGGUGUGUGACGGGGAUAUUGACUGUCCCGGCGGCGAUGACGAGGAUCCAGCCAAAUGCCGGAAUGUGACCUGCAGGCCGGAUCAGUUCCAGUGCGGGGAUCACAGCUGCAUCGCCGGACACCUCACCUGCAAUGGGGAGAAAGACUGCGCGGAUGGCAGUGACGAGAGGGACUGCAGCCUGGCCACACCCCCCAGGCAGUGCAACGCCACCACCGAAUUCAACUGCGGUGGGGGUCAGUGCAUCGCUCUGGACAAGGUCUGUGACAGGCGGAAGGACUGUCCCGACGGCGAGGACGAGCCGGCCGGCAAGUGCGGCGUGAAUGAGUGUGCCUCCAAGAACGGUGGCUGCAUGCACCGCUGUGUGGACCUGGUGGUGGGAUACGAGUGCGAGUGCCGAAAGGGAUACAAAUUAUCGGGGGAUAAGCGCACCUGUGUGGACAUCGACGAGUGCGAGAACCCGGGCGUCUGCUCCCAGAUGUGCAUCAACGAGAUCGGAGGGUUCAAGUGCGAAUGCGAGGCGGGAUACAUGCGGGACCCGCGCAACCACACGCGUUGCAAGGCUGGCGAGGGCCAUGCCUCACUGCUGCUGGCGAGACGUCACGAUAUCCGAAAGAUUGCACUCGACCACAUGGAGAUGACGUCGAUCGUGAACAGCACCAAGUCGGCCACGGCCCUGGACUUUGUGUUCCGCACGGGGAUGAUCUUCUGGAGCGACGUGACGACGCAGAGCAUCUACAAGGCGCCCAUCGACGAGGGUAACGAGAAGACAACGGUGCUGAAGCAGUCGUCGGUCACCUCCGACGGACUGGCAGUGGACUGGAUCUACAACCACGUCUACUACACGGACACGCACAAGUGCACCAUCGAGCUGACCAACUUCGACGGCAACAUGGGCAAGGUGCUCAUCGAGGAUGCGCUGGACAUACCGCGCUCCAUCGCCCUCGACCCCAUCGAGGGCUGGAUGUACUGGUCCGACUGGGGCGCCUCCCCGCGCAUCGAGCGUGCCGGCAUGGAUGGCUCCCACCGCACGACCAUCAUCAGCUACGACGUGAAGUGGCCCAACGGCAUUACCCUGGACCUGGUGCGCAAGCGCAUCUACUGGGUGGACGGCAAGCUGAACGUCAUCUCGUCGGCCAACUACGACGGCUCCCAGCGGCGCCAGAUCCUCUACUCCACGGAGUACCUGCGGCAUCCGUUCUCCAUCACCACCUUCGAGGACUACAUCUACUGGACCGACUGGGACAAGCAGACCGUCUUCAAGGCCAACAAGUUCACGGGCGAGAACGUGGAGCCCAUCACAGCGGUUCACAUGCUCCAGAACCCCAUGGUGAUCCAUGUGUACCAUCCGUAUCGACAGCCCGAUGGCAUCAAUCACUGCCAGUCCGUGAAUGGCCACUGCUCCCACCUGUGUCUGCCCGCCCCAAGAAUCAACGAGCGCAGUCCGCGCAUCUCCUGCGCCUGUCCCACGGGCCUCAGGCUGAUGUCGGAUGGUCUUAUGUGUGUCGAAGAGCUGCGUAUCAAAGUUGUGCGUCCCACAGUGCGCAGCAGGACGAAAAAUGCUACCUUAGCAUUCACAACGAAACCACCUCAAGAUGCGCACACUAAAGUGCCUGUUGAAAAGAAAACCAACGACAGCAGUUCCACACACACAAUCCACAAGAUCGAUGCGCCAGCAGAGGAGGAUCAUGGCCGAAUAGCCUGGAUUGUGAUAGACAGUCUAUUGGGCACCACUGUGGUGGCUUGUCUAAUCCUUUUCACGUACAGACGUUGCACGCGUGCCGUCAACUCCAUGAACUUUGAGAAUCCCGUGUACCACAAGACCCCCGAGGAUCACUUCAGUCUGGAGAAGAAUGUGACGCCGCACAUGUAUGCCACGGCCAUGGACGAGGAGGCGCUACGUUUUGACAUCGACUAACGGCGUCGACACACACACACACACGAACAACCAUGCAUGUCAACACAUACUCUCUCUCUAGAACACGCACACACACACGCACACAAAAGCCCACAAGAACUCACAGAAGGAGAGACGAGCGCCACGAAGCCAUUCGGAGCCAGAAACUCCUCCACUUUCCCUUCAAGUCCAUGAAAUCAAUUGUAAAAAGUUAAGACAUUUUGUUGAAGUUUGAUCAAGAAAAAAACAUUUUGUGAAAUUAAAAAAAAAAGAAAGAAAAAACCUAAAAUGUUAAAAGAAAAACUGUUUAUAGGCCUAACAAUUAUUGUGACUAGUUAUAGCAUAUUCUUUGUUUUCGGAACAAAACAUAAAUCAAUAAAAAGACAACUUUAUGGAUACUAUCUGGAACAAAUCGAUUAAAGUAACAUUUUUAGCACCAAAUUUUAAAUAAAUUUUAGCUAAAUAUUUGAACAAGACAUGUCUGUAAAUACAUUAAAAAGUAAACAAAUUUAGAGAAAAUUUCCAAAAAAAAAAAGAAUAAAACAAUCUUUGGGGAAUUUAGUAAACUACUUAUUACCUAUAUCCGAUUAUAAUCAUUCAUUUUACUUCGUUUCCUUAUGCGUUCUUGGGUAUUUCAAAACAAUUUGCUGUGAUCAGUUUAAAAGCAUUAAACCUACAUUAAAUCACCUUAUUUUGUAGUACCUUUAAUAUUCUAUUCUCAUUUAUUUAGUGUGUAGACAUGUUUUCAAAUAUUUUUAU